UAGAAAUAAAUUUAAAGAUUUGCGGUUAAUAGGUUUGGCAAGGGAAGGGAGAAACUCCCAUCAGCAGUCCUGUUCCGUUCUUCGUUUCGUUUCAACAAUUAGUUCUAAUUGGGUUCCCCUCGGAUCCUUCUUCAAUCUGACAAUCUUUAUCUUCGAAUUGAUUGACUGAUUAUUGCUCGUCGUAAAAAUCAAUGCUUCAAUCGUUGGGCGUCCCGUUUGUUCAUGACUAAGGCUGAUAGCGAGAUUUCCACAGUGGUUGGGAAUGGUGGUGAUGGCGACGGCAUUAAUGGUGAAGACGGUGGUAGUGAUAUUAAUAAGCGGCGGAAGAGAGCGGGUAAAGCAGUGGUUUUCGGACGGGCAAAGCAGUUUGUCCUUUCUCCAUUCACCGCUGCAAAAAGGAAUCUUUGCCAGAGAAGAAAUGGCAGUAGAAGGCCGCUUAGUCCUGUUGCCGCUGCACCCAUAGGCGAUUGCUUUUCAGGUAAAAGGGUUGUUGUCAAUAGAUGGAGAGGCGGUGGUUGCUUCUCUUUUAAUCAUUCCAAAACCUUGGAAUCAUGUGAUGUUGAAUCCCCUGCCAGCGAUCCUAACGAUUCCAACUUCACCGACGAGAUGUUGAAGAUUUUGAUUGAAAAGAAUGUUUUUUACUCCAAAGAAUGCAAUACCCACUUUCCUUGCGAGUAAAAUUAGCUAUAUUUAUUUCUAAUCCUCAGUCAUUCUAUAUUCUUGUUGCUGUUCGUAUUAGCAAGUCUUGUUGAUGUUGGUAUUGGUAUUGGAAUUGUUGACUGUGCGUGUGAAUUGUGCUUAUCUAGACCUCCCCAAAAGCUUCAAAGCAUUAACAAGUGCUGGAGAUUUUCUGAUAGAACCCUUUGCAAUCUUGAAUGGUCAUUGGUGGGAUGAGCAACCUCCCCACAUAUGAUUGUUCA